CAAGCACAAUGGCAGUGGUUCCAGAAAAGCCAGCAGGCUUCGCUGAGCUGUCCAAGAACAAGAGAGUAUUAGCGUGGUGCCUUCUCAUCUUCAUUCUACCUAUCAACUUCGGGUACGAACUUGCACUCGUCGGCAACAUCCUCGCUAUUCCUGCCUCCCUCGAUCGCUUCGGAACGACCACGACCUCCGGCAUCAAGGAGAUUCCGACCCAAGACCAGCAAAUACUCAAUGCCUCUACUACCGUCGGCAUCGUGCUAGCAGCAUAUUGCACCGGAUUCAUCUCGGACAUCAUCGGCCGCCGCAUGGUUGUCAUCUGCGGUUGUGUUCUUUGCAUUACCGGCAUCAUCGUUCAAGGUUUCUCGAACUCGAUUUUGAAGCUAUUUGGCGGCAAGCUUAUCAGCACCGUUGGGUACGGGUUGGGCCACGCACUGGGUCCCGUAUACGUCGCCGAGAUUGCACCGGACGCUUUACGCGGAGGCUCUGACAGUCUCAUUCUCAUCAACACCAUGAUUGUUAUUGGGCAGUGGUCUUGCGCUCUCGUCGGCUACGGCGGGUCUUUCAUCAAGAACGCGAAGAAGCCGGGAAGUCACUACGGGAAAUUCAAUGGCCCGAGACACAACGUGGAAGAGACCUUGGCAAUUAUGGAAGCAACACUUGAAAAGGAGAAGGCAUUAAGCAAAGGUGGCGCCUCGUACUUCGACUGUUUUCGGGGCACCAAUUUGCGCAGGACCACAAUUGUUUGCAUGGUGUAUUUGACACAACAAUUUGCUGGUGCUCAGCUGGUUGUGGGCUACCUCUCAUAUUUCUUCACUAUUGCUGGAGUGGGUAACCCUAUCGGUAUUGCCCAGGUUUGCUACAGUAUCCAGCUACUUGGCAACAUCUUGAUCGGUGGCCUGGGUGUUCCCAAAACUAACCAGAGCGCUCUUACUGCCAUGGUUGCACUCAUGGCUCUUUGGGGAUUCAUUUUCCAACUUUCGAUCGGUGCUAGCGGAUAUGCCGUCGGUGGUGAGACUGAAUCCCCUCGUCUUCGUCAAAAGACGUACUUCAUCAACGUGAUGAGCAACACAGCGGCGGCAUGUCUUGUCACGCAGCUCAUGCCGUUCUUGAUCAACCCCAGCAACGCCAAUCUCGGAGGCAAGGUUGCUUUCGUUUUCUUUGGACCAUCGCUGCUGUGUUCUAUCUACCUCUACUUCUGCUUCCCAGAGAUGAAGGGCCGCAGUUAUUUGGAGCUGGAGAACAUGUUUCAGAAGCGUUUGCCAACUCGAGCAUUCAAGAACUACCAUUCCGAGAUCGAGACUGUCGAGGUGGAUGAUGGGGAGAACGUUGCGGUGGUCCUGAAGGAUUAA